AUGAUAAAGAAAAAAGUUAUAAUAAAUUAUAAUAAAUAUAUUCAAAAAAUAUUUAAUAAUAAUUAUCAGAUAUAUAGAAUAAAUUCAUUAUAUUCAAAUAAUAAUAGGAUUAACCAUAACUAUGGUAAUAUCAUUAAUGAAAAUAAUAAUAUAAUAAUAAAUUAUAAUAACUUUAAUUCAUUUAUUUAUAAUAAAAUUAAUUAUUGUUCAACGACAACAUCUAAAAUUAUUGAAAAACAACAAGAAAUUAAUAAAAACAAUAAAAUUGCGUUAAAGAAAUUUUUUUUAAAAGUUCACCCAGAUUUAUUUUUUCAAUUUCCAAAUAUAAAGAAAACUAAUGAUAAAUCACUCUCAUUGUUACAUUCAUUUUUAGAAGAGAUUAAAACGGAAAGAUUAUCAAGAAAACAAUAUGAUUUACAAUUUUAUUAUUUAGAUAAUAAUAUUUAUGAUAAUGAGAAUGAUAUACCAUUCUUCAAUAUUAAAUUCUCUGUUAAUAUAUCAUCAUCAUCAUCAUCGAAUUCAUUCGAUAAAAUUGCAUAUCAUUUACAAGAUGCACAAGAACAAAUUCAACAAUUUUUUAAAUUAUUAUCAAUUAAAGAAGAAUUCAUACUUCAUAGUAUGAUUGGUAAUAAAUCAUCAUUAUCAUCAAAUAAUAAUGAUAUAAAUUUAAAUAAUGAUAGUUUAUUAUAUUUUGUAAAGAAUUUAUCAAAUUUUGCAAGAGAAACAUCAAAAAAUUUCAUUGACCAAGAAAGAGAAAUCGAUUUAAUGUAUACCUAUUUCUAUAUGGAACAUAAAAUUAGAGUAUUAUUUCAAGAUCAUAAUUUAGCAUUGGAUGAAAGAAAAAAACUUUUAAAAAAGUUAGAAAAACUGUUAAAUAAAUUAUCACCAAAAAGUUUUCAAAAUAUUGGAAUUGUGAAUCAAAUUUUUGAAAGAGAUGAAUCAAUUGAAAAUAAAAAUAAAAAUAAUAAUUAUAAUAAUGGUGGUAGAGGGAGAAAAAGGAAUGAUAGAUUGGAAUCAUUUGAUUUAGAUGAUGAUGAAAUUGAUAGACAAGGUGAUAGAUAUCAAGGAUUCGGUCAGAGAUUAAGAAACUCUGAUCAAGAGACUAAACAAGAGAUUAUGGAACAAUUUUCAAUGUUUAGUGGAUCAAAUAAGAAUCAAUUCUCUGGUUGGCAACAUAUAAAGUCUGGUUAUAUUACACCAGAAUCAAAUCCAAAACAAGAUGAUUCAAAACUAUCAGAUCGUUUAGAAGGCGUUUCAGUGGUUUUCUCAUCAAAGCUACCAAAUGGCAUUGACUCUGAAGGUAGAUUAAUUUUAAAUACAACUAAAAAGAAACAAUCAACACUCUCUGAAUGGACUAAAACUAUUGAAACUUUUAAACCAUCGACAAUAAUUGAAAAUAUUAAAAAUUGUAAAAAUAGACAAUCAAUUGAAAAACAAUUAGCAAAAUACUUUAAAGUUGGUUUCAUAUUCACAGAUUAUGAUAAACAAAAUCAAAAACAAUAUCUACAAUUAUUAGAUAGACUUAUUUCAAUUGGUAAUUUUAAACAUCAAAAAUCAAUCGAGAAAUCUUAUCAACAAGAUUUAAAAGAUCAAGAAAUUUUAUUAAAACAACAAUUACAAAAUAAUCAUGGUAUUCAAAGUUUUACAAAAGAUCAAUUCAUAAAUAAUAAAGAUGGUGAAAAAGAAGGAGGGGGAGAAGAGGAUGAAGAUUUUAAUAUUAAAGGUUUAGAAGAAAUUAGUUUAAAAAUUUUAAUGAAUGAUCAAAAAACAACAAAACCAAAUAAUACCAAUCAAAAAGAAUUAUAUUGGAAAUUCGAUCCAACAUUGGGUGUAAUUAAUGUACCGUUAAAUGCAAAUUAUCAAGAUAUUAUUAAAUUUUUAAAAUUAAAUCAUGAAUCAAUUAAAAUUGAAUUUGAAAGACAUAAAAUUAAUAUGAGAAAUAUUGCUCAACUUGAAUUAACUUUUAAACGUCAAUUUAGAUUAUUAACAUUAAAAAAAGUUGAUCAAACAAUCACUUUAAAUGAAAUGGUAUCAUGUUUAAGAAGAUUAUUAUUUAACCAUCAACCUUACUUACCCUAUUUUUAUGGUAUGAAAGUAAUAAUUGGUAGAGAAAAUAAAAUUAAUCCUGAUGGUUCAAUAGUUAUAAAAUGGGAUUUCGAAUUAUAA